AAGGUCGUCCGCUGAUAACCUGAACCAGCAGGUAUGCGUCCCGAGGGACCGUGAAAGGCGUCAGUAGAGAAAGCGGGCUCCAGCAUUCUGUUGCUGCCAGUGGUGUCUGGACGGGUUUGGGAUCAACCCACAGGUCCAGGCUCUCCAGGAGAAAGAGUGAGGGAAGAAAGAGGUUUUUGAAGUUGGAUAUCAUCGUUCCAGGGGACAUCUUUAAGUGAACACCAAGAUUUCUGUCUUUAAGAAUGACACAGUAAAUGCAGAAGAGACAGAAGUCAGAAUCCAUGUUACUAUUUCCUGAGCACAGAAGAUGAUGAUCAAGGCCCAGGAAUUGCUGACACUGGAAGAUGUGGCUGUGGAGUUCAACAGGGAGGAGUGGCAGCUCCUGGAUUCUUCUCAGAGAGACCUAUACUGGGAUGUGAUGCUGGAGAACUAUAACAAUUUGGUGUCACUGGGAUAUCAAGGUACCAAACCAGAUUUGCUUUCCAAGUUGGAACAUGGAAAAGAACCAUGCAUAAUAGAAAAUGAAAUGCAGAAUAGAAUUUGUCCAGGAAUUGGGAAAGGUGACAGUUAUUUGCCAGAGCACUCUCGAAACCAAAGAUUUCUGAAGAGCAUGCAACAGUGCAGUGAACAGAAUGCAUUUAGAAAGAGUGUUCAUUUGAGCAAAACACAUUUCACCCUAGUUCAAGAUUGUAUAUUUAACUUACAUAGAAAAGCUUUGGAAUCAAGCUUAAGUUUAGUUAACCAGAAGAGCAGCUAUGGAAUAAAGAACCCUGUGGAGUUUAAUGGAGAUGAGAAAUCCUUUCUACAUAGUGAUUAUGGACAGUUGUAUUCUGGAAUUAUAUUUCCUGAAAGUACAGAACACAUUAGCGCUCAAUUCCAAGUCCUUAAGCAUCAGAGGACUCACAAAAUAGAGAAAUCUCUAGCCUAUGUUGAAAGUGAGAAGCCAUGCAGCAGGAAAUCUCAGCUUAUUUCUCGUGAGAGUGUUCAUACUGGAGAGAAACCCAGUAGGGGUGGUCCAUGUGAGAAAUCCUUCUCCAGAAAUGUCACAUUAACUAAAGAUCAGAAAACUCAAACACAAGACACACCCCACUUAACCAGUGCACCCAGAAAAGGCUGUACUGUGAAGAGCAGCUCUCCUGUACAUCACCAAACCUGCACAGGAGAGAAAGCCUAUGUAUGCAGUGAGUGUGGAAAAGGCUUCACCAUGAAGCGCUAUUUGAUUGCACAUCAGCAAACUCAUAGUGGAGAGAAACCUUACGUAUGUGGUGAAUGUGGAAAAGGCUUCUCCGGGAAGAGUAAUCUCACUGUGCAUCAGCGCACCCACACAGGGGAGAAGCCCUAUGUAUGCAGUGAGUGUGGGAAAGGCUUCACCAUGAAGCGCUGUCUUGCUGUACACCAGCGAACUCAUACAGGAGAGAGACCAUAUUUGUGCAGUGAAUGUGGGAAAGAUUUCGCUGUGAAGAGUAAUCUCACGGUACACCUGCGAUCUCACACAGGGGAGAAAUCUUACAUAUGCGGUGAAUGUGGGAAAGGCUUCACUGUGAAAAGUAAUCUCAUGGUACACCAGCGAACUCACACGGGAGAGAAAUCUUACCGGUGUAACGAAUGCGGGAAAGGCUUCACCACAAAGCUCACUCUUAUUAUACACCAACGAACUCACACAGGAGAGAAACCCUAUGAGUGCAAUGAGUGUGGUAAAGCCUUCAGUCAGAAGAUAUGCCUCAUACAACAUGAGAGGUGUCACACGGGAAAGACUCCCUUUGUAUGUACUGAGUGUGGAAAAUCCUAUUCCCACAAGUAUGGUCUCAUUACCCAUCAGAGAAUUCACAUAGGAGAGAAACCCUAUGAAUGUGAUGAAUGUGGAAAAGCCUUCACCACAAAGUCAGUACUCAAUGUCCAUCAAAGGACUCACACAGGAGAGAGACCAUAUGGGUGCAGUGAUUGUGAGAAAGCCUUCUCCCACUUGUCAAACCUUGUGAAACAUAAGAAAAUGCACAUCAGAGAAAUGGGUAGAUCCAGUCAAGUUGGAAAUGCCUGUAACAGAGAGUCCCAGAUCAUUUAUGAGUGA